ACGCAGUGUCGUGAGAAUGGUACCCGACGAUAGGGACUACAUGGGUACCCGGUACUAACAUGGUGAAAGCCUGCGAGCCCCAAGCGGGGGAGGAGAUCCCCCAUGACCACCUCUACAUGGUCACCGGCCUGUCCUCCAACAACUUGGACAAGUUGGCACAAGUUCCCCUUCCAGAGCCCGAGGCGGACUUCGAAGCGGCGAUCGAGGCGACAGGGUAUGGUCGGUUCAACGCGCUGCUAAUGCUGUGCUGCCUCCCGGCCUUCUGGAGCGCGGUGUCCGUCACAAGCGCGCCCUCCUACAUCUUCACCCAGGCCGUCUGCGACAUGAACCUGAGGUUGCUGGACAUGGGCACCAUCAACGCUAUUACUUAUGGAGGUAUGAUAGCAUCGGCCAUGGUGUGGGGUUUCCUCUCCGACUCACUCGGACGUCGCAAAUUCCUCAUCUGGGGAUUCUUCGCGUCCGGCGUGAUCGAGCUGACAGCCUCCAUGAGUCAGAGCUUCACCAUGCUGCUCAUCACACGAUUCACCAGUGGAUUCAUCUUCAACGGUCCAUUCGCCGUGCUGAUAUCGUACAUAGCGGAGUUGCACCGCACGUCCCUGCGUGCUCGCGUCAUCCUGCUCACCAGCCUGUUCUACACCAUCGCCAACGUGACGCUGCCGCUGCUGGCCUGGGGCAUCCUCGUCAAUAAAUGGGAUGUGCCCGUUGGAAGCAUCUUUGUGAUUCACUCCUGGAACUUCUUUCUCCUGGCGACUGCGUUGGUUCCCCUCAUAACUGGCGCAGCAUUUGUCUUUCUCCCCGAGAGCCCCAAGUUCCUCAUGUCCAGGGGUAGGAACGAGGAGGCGAUGGAGGUUUUCCGCAAAAUGUACACCAUGAAUACUGGACUGCCACCAGAUACAUUCCCAAUCAAGACUUUGGUCAAGGAAAAGUCGGAACAGUUGGAGCAAGGCGUGAAGGCGCUCAAAGGAGGCAUGGCGCAAACAGCCCCCUUGUUCAAACCACCGUACCUGGCCUAUCUGAUCCUCAUAUGUGGAGCACACAUUGGCUGCAUGUUUGGAUCCAACACUAUCCGACUCUGGUAUCCCCAACUAGCAGCCAUGAUGGGAACUCAUGCGAAUGAGAGUUUAUGCUCUGCCAUCGCACCAUUGCCAGUUGUUGAGGAGGAGGCGUUGUCAUGUGCCCCCAUACAGACAGAUAUGCUGACGUAUUUGCAGAGCUCCAUAGUAGGAGCUGGGUCGGUGCUCACUUACAGCAUUGGCGGAGCGUUGGUGAAUAGAUGCGGUAAGAAGCUGGUGGCCGGUAUCUGCGGUCUGCUUGGGGCUGUGGUUAUCAUCCUCAUGCCGGUGCUGGGCAACAGCGCGGGCGCCGUGGUGGUGAUGGUGACGGUGGGACUCGCCUUCAACUCUUUGUCUGGGGCGUCGUUGUCGAGCAUCGUUGUGGAUCUCUUCCCUACGUCGCUCAGAGUGAUGGCGAUGGCUACGUUCCUGAUGUGCGGGCGGCUGGGCACCAUCUCCGGCACCGUCAUCUUCCCCGCACUCAUAGACUAUGGAUGUCUGCCGCCUUUUAUCGUCGUUGGAGUGGUUUUAGGAGCCUGCGGAGUCGCCUGCUUCUUCCUCCCAAACACGAAUUUGAAAAGACUAGAAUAGAUUUGUGUGUUUGUGUAUUUUGUAUAUUUGUACAUAGUCGUGACGUCGGUAGGUUUUGUAAAUAAAACAUACUAAUAAAAAUA